AUGGCAGGGAAAAUGACGCUGUACAAGCUGGUGGUGCUGGGCGACGGUGGCGUGGGCAAGACAGCCCUUACUAUACAGCUCUGCCUGAACCACUUCGUUGAGACAUACGACCCCACCAUCGAAGACUCGUACCGCAAGCAGGUGCAGAUCGACCAACAGUCGUGCAUGCUCGAGGUGCUUGACACGGCCGGCCAGGAGGAAUACAUUGCACUGCGGGACCAGUGGAUACGCGACGGCGAAGGCUUCGUGCUCGUCUACAGCAUCUCGUCGCGCGCGUCCUUUGCCCGCAUACAGCGCUUCCACAGCCAGAUCCAGCGCGUCAAAGAGACAGCCAUGGCCGGCUCACCCACAUACCCUGGUUCGCCCAUGAGUGCGUCAGCGCCCGUAUUCGGGCACGCGCCAGUCAUGCUCGUGGGCAACAAGUGCGACCGCGUUACCGAACGCGAAGUCUCGACGCAGGAAGGACAAGCCUUGGCAAAAGACCUUGGCUGUGAUUUUGUGGAGGCGUCGGCCAAGAACUGCGUCAACGUCGAGAAGGCCUUCUUCGAUGUUGUCAGACAGCUCCGUCGGCAACGACAGCAGGGUGGUCGCGCCGUCGAUAACAAGGGUUCCGGCAGGGGGACUCGCGGCACCAACAACCAUGCCAAGGACAGGGUUCGAAGAGAGGACGCCCGUCCAAGCAGGGGAGGUCAUGACUCCCGGAGGGACAAAAAGGGGGGCAAGCCAAAGUGUGUCAUACUGUGA